UUUUCGGCUGAAAAGUGACUUUAGGUUGCUGUCAAAUGGCUGUCAACAAAUUGAUUAUCAUCUAGUUGUAGGUUUUUGUUCAUCAAUUAGCGAAAAAAUGCCGAGCCAAGAAGUAACAACAAGCAAAGUGGUGGUUCACCCCUUAGUGUUACUAAGUGUGGUCGACCAUUUCAACCGCAUGGGCAAAAUCGGCAACCAGAAGCGAGUGGUUGGCGUUCUGCUGGGCUGCUGGCGAGCCAAAGGAGUCCUGGACGUUUCCAACAGUUUUGCAAUUCCAUUCGAUGAGGACGACAAAGACAAAUCAGUGUGGUUCCUGGACCACGACUAUCUGGAAAACAUGUAUGGCAUGUUCAAGAAGGUCAAUGCGAGGGAGAGGGUGGUGGGCUGGUACCAUACAGGCCCCAAACUGCACCAGAACGACAUCGCCAUCAAUGAGCUAAUCAGGCGAUAUUGCCCCAAUUCCGUCCUGGUCAUCAUUGACGCUGAACCAAAGGACUUGGGGCUGCCCACUGAAGCCUACCAAGCCGUAGAAGAAGUGCACGAUGAUGGAUCGCCUACCUCCAGAACAUUCGAACACGUCCCCAGUGAAAUCGGCGCCGAGGAGGCGGAGGAAGUAGGAGUGGAGCAUCUACUACGUGACAUCAAAGACACCACCGUAGGUACCCUGUCGCAACGAAUAACCAAUCAACUGUUGGGCCUCAAGGGGCUGCAUUCUGAGUUGAGAGAAAUCCGCGACUAUCUCAUCCAAGUCAGCGAGGAAAAGCUGCCGAUUAAUCACCAAAUUAUCUAUCAGCUGCAGGACAUUUUCAAUCUGUUGCCCGACAUCGAUAAAGUGCAAUUCAACAAGUCGUUUUACGUUAAAAAUAACGAUCAAAUGUCCGUGGUGUAUUUGGCUGCGCUGGUGCGAUCAAUUGUGGCACUGCACAAUCUCAUCAACAACAAAUUGACCAACCGAGACGCCGAAGAGGGCAAAAAAGAGGAGAAGAAAGAUAAAGAGAAGGACUCAAAGGAUAAAGAUAAGGAGAAGGAUAAGGACAGCAAGAAGGAGGAGAAAAAGAAGUAGUGGUGGACGUAAGUCGAGGCACUUUAAGGAGAUCGCUGUGUUUUAGCCUUUUUGCCAAGCAAGCGGCUUUGGGGCAAAUAAACUAUUUUUGUCAGGUUGGUUUUAAUUUGCAAGCACUGAUAAACUUACUACUUACUACAUGUAUUAGUGGCUAAAAUUUUAUAAUAAAAAUGCGUAAUUUACAAGCA